UAAUGGUUCGCUUUUGAUGAUUUUCUUUGAUGACCUAUUUCCGAUGAGGUGCUGGUACAUAAAAAUGAUUGCUAGGAUAUCGUUGUUUCUCCAUAUAAAACUAAGCGAAACGAUCGGUGUACGUAUUUAUCAGUUGAAGAGGCCAUCAUGAAGAUCGCUUGUUUUACAGUGCCAGUUUUAAUCCUGUCGAUUGGUGUCCUUGACUUUUCCAAGGCACAGCAGGGCAGUAUUCAUGGUAUUCCUGAAAGGUUCUUGUUUAAGUGUGAAGGUCGAGAGGAUGGGUUAUACGCAGAUAUCGCAAGGAAUUGUCAGGUGUACCGUAUUUGUAUUGGCGGCGAACUUCUGACUUCUGAAGCAGGUUUCGACAUGUUUCCUUGUCCACAGGGAACGCUGUUCGACCAAAACACUUUGACCUGUCAGCACGCAGCUAAUGUGAUAUGUCCACAGGAGUAAUGGGCGGAGUCUCUCGAAAUGGUUUUUCAAAUCUUAUAGAUGAAAAUAUAAGAGAUGUGUAAUAAUAAUAAUAAUA